GCUCUCGUACGUACGUCACGACGCAAUUUUCCACGAGAAUAACAACAGAAGCAGAUCCAAGCCUGAGCAUUUCAACGUCGUCAACACCACCCGGACGUAGCUAUCUAGAGUAAAAAUCUAAUCCGGAAGUAACAGAACGAGAAACCAUGUGCUAAAUUUAAGGAAAAUUGUAUGUUUUGGGAAAUGCUGGCAAGGUGUUAUGUGGUUAUACACAUGUGCCAUAGGAUGGAACAAGGAAGGAUGUGGCUCCAUGCAUGCAGUAUGGGUGUCUCUGCUAUAUUUCCAACGACAUGUGCAUGUAUAUAUCAUAUCUGAUGUUUAGGAGUCUGUUAUCAUUGUAGUGCAUACAGCCAAUGCGGUCGUUGGCUGGUGUUGUUUUGGUUUCUGACUGGAGUGGGAUUUUGUUAGUGUCCUUGUGGUAGUCCUUGUGGUACAGGUCUGUCGGUUAGCCACUAAUGAGAUGUAGAUGAAGUGCCACAACUUUGGAUGGCAAUGGACGGGCUGCAAAUGUCUGACUUGGACUCAGUAGCUGGCUCUGAAAGUAAAGGCAAGUCUGAAAGCACUAUUCCGGAGACCUACGACUUUGCCAUUGUGCAUAUAGACAAGGACAAGGAAUUAGCUGAGAAGUUCUUCUUAGUUUUAGAAGAAAAGUAUGACCUAAAGGGGUAUCACAGCAAGCGGGAUUUCGUGGUGGGUGGUCCUAAAUGCCAACGUUUCAGAGCGUGGGAGGAUUCCAGCUUCAUCAUACUGCUCAUCUCACUUCGCUCUUCGAAGGAGAAGAUCUUUCAGAAAGACAGAAACAUCGCGUAUCAGGUUGAGAGCAAGAGGACCAAAGCAAAUCAUCCGGAGGUGCUUCCCAUCUAUGUAGACCUUUCUCGGAAAGAACAACGAAAGUGGAGCACCAAGGUUGGUCGAUCUUUCUCAGAUACCGAUCCCUUCUGGAAAGAGCUAGCAGCACACAUCGACCACAGCUCCUGUGUUGAAGUGAGCUCGGAAAUCUCUGUUGAAUCCAAAGAAAAUGACUCAUCUUCAGAGGCGCAAGAGGAUUUGACAAACAAUAACACCGACCCGUCCGAGAAGACACCUCCUGUCAAAGGCAGGAAGAAGCACAAGAUAUUCAGGGGCCUAUUCAAAAGAAACGAGAAGAAGCUAAAGAGGAAGUUGAAACGCACUAGUAGCCAAUCAAAGAAAUCCAAGAGUGGUAAACUCAAGUCGAAAAAGAAGUUGAAAUCUCUUCGCAGGUUAAUGAUAUGUGUGCCUGCCCGGUCAACAGAGUGUUCAUCAUACUCCAGUCCACCAAUGGUUAGCCCACCAAUCUCAACAUUUCACUCACCCGAUACUGCCAAGGUGGAUGAGAUGGAACAUAAUUUUGUGGAAACUGCUUCCAGAAUGGACACAACAACAGCAGAGCAUCUCAGAUAGCUCUUCUACCAUUUCCUGAUUGAAUAUUUGAUGUCGUCAGAAGAUUGGAAACCAACUUUAUUUCUUUGAUGAACCAACAAGCAAGAUGCAGGUAGCAAAUAGAGAAAAUGGAGAAGUACAAUAAGAACAAACAUUGCAACCGGUUGCUACAAAAUUUGUGCUCUUUAGAAGUGAAGGGUGAGAAAAGACUUUGCACGUGAACUUGUGCCCAGCCACCAACCUCUAUUCAAGAGUGAUGUGUUUUUUCUCUCUCUAUGGGAAUGGAAAGUGGAGAGUUAAUUGUGGAAUCCAUUUUGUUUGAGGAGUCAUGUGUCAUUUGAUUUCCUCUUUAUCCUGUUGUGAGGCUUGUCUAUAAGCUUUUCAAGAGUUUGUCCAUACUGAUUGUGCUGAGAUUGCAGACACUUCCAGACAUUACACUCUGUUAUGUGGAGAUAGUUUUGAAUGCUUCCCCAGUCAUAACUCGUUUUAUCCAUACUAAAAGACUGUGUAAGUACCCAUAUUAGCAUGUAACUUCAUAAUGGAGUUGACGUUUGAUGCCAAUGUAGGAGAGAGCAUAACAUAAUCGAUUGUUCAAAAUGAGCAUGCCAUUCGAGGAUCCUCUUGCUAUAAAAGUACCUGAUGAUACUCAACAACCCCUGAGCGAUUCUACUCCGUACCGUUUUACCUCUGUCAAUGAUGCCAAUGAAAAUGUGGUCCAAUCGAAGAGUGGACAUGAGAAAAUCUUGGAGCCAGAAAAAAUAUUUGAUUUCCUUGUGUGCAACCAUGAGUCUAACAACAAGCAAGCGAGCAGAAUUUACGAGGAAAUGGAGAAACUGCACCUACAAGGGUACAUCUAUGAAAGAGACAAGAUUGUAGGGCAGUAUAAACUCACAGCUUAUGAACAAGCCAUCCGAAACACCGAAAGUAUUAUACUUCUAAUUUCAACGGAAGCUCUCAAGUGUGGCGAGUUCUCUCGUAAAAUGCAUGCAUCUAGUAACUUCAGCGUGAUUCCUAUUUACAUAGACCUUCCCAGAAAGGAAUAUCCAAGACUUCUUCGUCACCAUGUUGGCAUCAAGUAUACGAAUGAUGACGACUUCUGGGAAAGACUUCGCAUUGCGAUCACAAGACCCAUGAAAGAUUGCGAAAGCUCCACAGAG